AUGGCUACCAGUAGAAACAGAAUUCCAGCGAUAAUUGAUACAGAUCCAGGUGUAGAUGAUAUCAUUGCGAUUCUUUUCGCUCUCGCUUCGCCGGAGCUCGAAGUCCUUUCCAUUGUUGUUUCCUUUGGCAAUACCGAUAUCCAGUCAUCAUAUGCGAAUAUUCUCAAGACUUACCAGGCUUUAACUCGGCAUUUUGACGCUUAUCCGGCGGAGAAAGCCCGCUUCUCCAACUAUUCAGCGUCUCCCAAGACCUCGCUUGUGUUCGGAAGCGACGCUCCCCUGGAAGGUGACAUCCACAGCGCCCAAUAUUUUCAUGGGAGGGACGGUUUAGGUGGGAUCACAGAACGUCAUAGCGAACUCAACGCAGAGUUCGACGCAACCGCGGACCAUCCCCAGCUUCUGUUAUCGAAGAAGCCCGCCGUUGAAAAUUCGCUUGAACUGCUGCGUUGCUAUCCGGAAAGAAGCAUUACCUACAUAGCCCUCGGUCCGUUAACAAAUCUCGCUCAGUUGAUGCGACGCGAUAGGGAUCUCGUAAGAGGUCGCAUAGGCCGUAUCGUUUGUAUGGGAGGCGCCUUGGAUGUUCCGGGAAAUACAAGUCCCGUUGCAGAAUUCAAUUUCUUUGCGGACCCGUAUGCCGUCAAGGAGCUUCUCAUGCCUUCGAAACCAGAGCUCGGUCUGCCCCUUGACCGGUUUUUCCUGCUGCCUCUCGAUAUAACGACUCCGCACGAGCUACCAUUCCCGGUUUAUCAAGCCCGAGUCGAUCCUUCGUUCUCGAAUAUGAACACACCUUCUGUUGCUGGCGAGAAGAAAGCUCUAACUCACUUCACUUCGUCUUUUCUGGAACAUACGCGUACGGUAAUGCUCCAGUUUGGUAAGGAUGCAAUGGAAUUACACGACAUCGUUGCCGUAUGGUGUGCCAUCGCGAACCCUCCGUCAUCGACUGCUCUAAGUCCCGGCUGGAGCAUGCAUAAACGCACCUUUGAGAUCGAAAGGAUUGGCGAGCUGACUCGGGGUAUGUUAAUUAUAGACCGGAGGGAGGAUGAAGCAGCGUAUGCGCCAGGGGCAAACAGGGCAUUUGUGCAAGAGGAGUUGGAUAAACAUCAGCUGGCGCAUGGUCCUUGGGAGUCUACCGCUGUUCCCGCCGCAGUGGAAGUGGAGUCCUUGGAAUAUUCACCCCAUGACGGUGGCUCGCGGAUCUCGUGCAUUACCAGAACACCCGGGCACGAUGUUUUGUUGCAGCUCCUUCUUGAGCGGGUAUGGGGGGCAUAG